CGCGGCCAGACGUGCAAGUGGCGUUACCUACGCGCCGGGGUGAAACUUGCAAGCUCCCCCUUAUCGAGCUUUCAGAUGGCUGUGCCUUUUAGAUUUUGACGUUUUCUUCGUUUAUCUUUCUCCUGUUGUACCCUUUUUUUCUCUUUUAUUUUUUUUACACGGCUCCUUGUACAUUUCAGUAAGUUGUAUAUCAGCAGAAAAUCAUCCCCCGACAUGCCACGAAAAAUUGGAUUCAACGUCGUAUACGCAACCAGUGAAGAAGAUAGGCAUUCUUCUUUGGAGUUGAACAUUCAUGGACCGACGGUAAGGGGUUGGCAAAGUUCACGAAGAUGUACAUAUCCUCAGGAACUAAUUCUUCGUCUUCACGGUCCAACGAAACUUACGAGAAUACAGGUUUUAGCUCACCAAUAUCUAAUUCCGGAAAAGCUGGAAAUUUGGACGUCAAAAGAAGAGAAUGCAUCUGUCACAACAGACUUCAGUUAUUUGGGUUACAUUACAUUGUCGGACAAUGCUUCGACGAUGUACAAAAGCAGGGAGCUGAAAAGUGUCGCCCUUCCGGAGACAGAGGCUGUCUCGUUGAAAUUGAGACUGCACAAACCGCACAGUAACGCGCACAAUGUUUAUCAACAGGUCGGUCUUAUCGCUAUCAAUAUCCUUGGGGAACCUUACGGGCAAGAGUUGACUGGUCAGGGGGAUGCACCGUACAAUCCCCAUUACACCUCCCCAUACGAUGAUUUAGCAUUCGAAAUGUACGUCGAUCGUGAUGUCGCGAAAAUAAUCAGGCAAAUGGAGGCGAAGAAACUGCAGGCUGUGGAAGAGGAGAGGUUCGAGUACGCUUCGAAACUGAAGGUAGCGAUGGAGAAUCUUAGGAAAGCCGGUGAACGUCUUGGAAAGUAUGAAUUGGAAAAGAAAUACGCCAUAGCUUUAGAGGAUUACGAUAAGGCCAAAGCGAAGAAGGCUCAAGCGCAACAAUACAGGCAGCAGGUCUACCAAAGCUUAGAGGUGCAAGAUCUACUCGAACUUCAUGGGCCAUUGGAGAAAAAUAACAUGUCAUCGAUGGAGGGAAAGGAGCCCAUAUCGGUAGAUACGUGUACUUCGAAUGCGACCGCUGCUCCUGAAGACAUCACAUCUCCUCCGAGAUUGGUGAUUCCCCCGAAUCGAGACGGUGCUAUAUCGCCGACGGGUCCUGCACAUCAACCACCAGUUUCGCCUUUGCAUCAGAAACCGAACAGUCCUGAAGUAACUGAUAGCCCUACGAACGGUGUCGUGGAGAGGCAAAAUAAUUGCAAUAAAGGAUCUCUCAGGCGGAAAACAAAAUCUGCAGGACCGGCGCUUCGAUCCAGCUACGAAGCCUACGAGGAGAGGACGAUACCAGCUUUGAGACAUUCGCAUACGAACGAGUUUACUAGGGAGUGCCACAUGGACAACACGGAAUCGAAGGCGAUAUCGAAGCUGAACGACAGGGAGAAGAAGCAAGCUGCCUUACCCAUAGCAGUCUUCGGGAUGGAAAUGGUGGAGAAAUUCUACUCGAAACAAUUCACGGACAAGGAGGAAGGUUUGAUGCAGUUGAAGGAAGAAUUGAAGACGUUCGAUCCGGAAGUUUCGAAAAACUCGGCGAAUAAAACGGCGAGAGCAGCUAUUUUAUUAUUACAUAGAGCCCUUAGAGACAAAGUUUUCAGCGUGUAUAGUCUAGCAGCACAAUUGAUUAGAAUCUUCUUCUCAGAAUUCGCGGCAGACAGAGUAUCGUCAACGGAAAUUGCGAGAAGUGUAGAAAGACUGCUACCGGAACUGCUGACAAAAUCAGGCGACACUACCCCUAGGAUUCAUAACAUGGCAGUGCAUACGAUACUCAGUAUGGCGGAUUGUAAAUGCGUUAGGGAAUUGCAUAUUAUACCGGUGCAUCUGACACGACCUGUUAGCAGUAGUACACAUCAACGACUUGCCCUUAGCAGGCUAGAAAUGGUGGAACAAUUGAUUUUGAACCACGGCAUCUCUACUGAUAAGCAAAGCGGACUGACUUGUCGAACGUUAUCAGAGCUGGGCUCCUCGGGGUUGCACCAUCCAGCGGAAGCGGUCAGAAAAGUUUCAGAAAGGAUCUUAGUGCUAGUAUAUAAGGUGAAUCCUAGAUUGGUACGCAAGCAGCUACCCCCUGAUGAUGAUAUCACCAGGAGAAACUUAUUAUAUCGUCAAUUGUUUCACGAAUUCGAUCUGAUUGAUCUUCAGAGGAAAAAGGAAACGGAAGCGAGUCACAAAACAACGACACCCACACGGACAAAAUCGACGGAGAAUAACGUAGCAAACUUAACGAAAUCUCCUUCGCGAACUAGUCCUGUUGUUAGCACCGGAAGCUCAACGAGUAUAACAUCUCCGUCCGAGAAUAGUACAGAAUAUAAGGGUGACAAGAUAUGCAUAUUUUGCCUCUCCAAAGGCCAAGGGUAUUCCGAGGAAGGAUUAAAUAUUCAUUAUUGGAAAAGUUGUCCGAUGUUGACAAAGUGCGAGGCGUGCAAACAAGUGGUAGAAAUUUCGUAUUUGAAUUUACAUUUGUUAAACGAAUGUGAUAUGAGAAGCAAUUAUGUCAAGUGUGACACAUGCAGAUUAGCUAUUCAUGAGCAUUCUUAUGAAGAGCAUAGAAAAGAUAACAAGUGUACAAAACCCAUCGAUGGCUACGAUCGUUGUCCACUUUGUUCCACUCUUGUUAAUCAGAAUAAAUGGAAGGAACAUCUGAUGGGUGAACAUCCUUGCACAAACAAUCCACGAAACAAGCUAGCAAAAAGCUGUUCAAAGUCUCCAUCCAAUUCUCAAAAUCUUGCCGGAAAAAUGACCUCACCAACCAGUAGGGAUUAUUAGCAUCGACCGUCAACUUCGAGUUUUUCGGAGUGUAAAAAGUUUUAGAAAAGAUUUUUCUUUUGUUAUCAUUUAUAGUUUAUCUAUAUGUUACGAGCUGUCCAGCGUUUUUUCAUAUUUAUACUUAUAUUUAAAUGUUUUUUUAUAGAAAAACCCGUCCUUCAUUAGUAGAAAUCUCUGUGUUGAACGAAUUUCUAAUCGUAAGUUCAAAAACCCUCUAAUCUCUAGGAUCUAGGAAUCUUGUUAUCAACUAAAUUGAAAAUCGCGAACAUCUAAUAUGCAAUGUAAUUAAAGCUAGUAUCGACGAGACAGGCGAUAAGAUUAUUCAUCUUUUUCAAUUUUACCGUAAAGUAGAUGCAAGAAGUUUAAUACGAUUUAACAACGUAUUAUUACACGUUAUGGCAUUGGCCAUUUCAGAAUUAAUGAUUCCUCUACAUCCGGCCAUAUUUAUAAUAAUAUUUGUACUAUAAUCUAACAGCAAAAAUAUCCUGGAUCUAGUGGCCGAAGAUAAUAAAAGAAAAGGGUAUUUGUCGCUCAAACUACACACAAAAUAUUAUAU